AUGGAUAAUUCUGGAGAAAUCAGAAUUGGACACAAGCCUGAUUUUCAUGUGAAAUCUUCACUGAUUACUGAUGAAGUGGAAAUCUGUUUUAUGGAGAUCUCACGUAUUCUUCUGACUGAUAAAAAGAUCUGUGAUGAUUGUGAUAAGUUGAUCAAGCUUAUGAAAGAUGCUCAUAUACGAUUACUGAGAAAAUUUACUAGAGGAAGAGUUGGAAAUAUAAAGGAAAUAGAAGAAGAUCUUAACAGGGUGCCAGUUUUUGGUAUCCAAGUUGCUGGAGGAACCAUGACAUGUUGGAUUAUGACUAUGCUAUUUGGAGCCUUUUACUUUAUUCAACAUCUUGAUUCAGUACAAAUUCCUAUGAAUCGAGACCAAUCUUCACUUGCCAGAUUUAUGGAUGAAUUAUGGAAGUUAAGGGUAAGGCUAUCGAAUGUGGGAAGUUGA